CAAAGAAAUGAAUAAGAGUAUAGACUGACUUAGUCAGACAUGAUCUUGGUUUUGCAACCCAGGGCGGCACUUUGAAUAUUUCUCACUUCGUUUAUACCAACAGAUUUCGCCAGUUUUAGCCUUAUUGUACACUUUCUUAGGAGACCAUGUGUCUCUCUUAUUCAGCGCCAGAUUUAACAUUUAUACUAUGUCCGAGGCCGGCAACAUAAUAAGUCCAGCCACAAACAUGGGAGGAAGCUCCAAAAUUAAGGUUAAAAUGUCACAUCGACACGAGAAUAUAUAUUGUAUGCAACACAAGCUGACCUCUGAUACUUAUAUGACGCACCAUAGUAACACUUGCUAGUCAAAUACGUUGCUCUGUUGCCACUUGCAGAGAUAACAGAUACUACUCAAGAGAGCUUGAUAUCUCCAUCUUCAAAUGGAUACAAUUCAUUCCUCCGGUGAUCCAUUAGACAAGUCCUUUAUGCAGCCAUCUAUGGAGAAAUUCGUAGAACAACAGAGCCAAGCUGAUAAUGAAGAGGAAACACAGCCGACCACACUGGUCAGCAAUGGGUGUGUUGAUUAUCGAGGCAGAAUUGCAGAUAAGAGGACUACAGGAGGAUGGAAAGCUUCUCCAUUUAUCAUUGCGAAUGAGGUGGCUGAAAGGUUAGCUUUUUUCGCAAUAGCUGUGAACAUGGUGGCUUUCUUGGUAUCUGAAAUGCGACAAUCUCUUCCAGCUGCUGCUACUCAUGUGACUGAUUGGAUGGGAGCUGCCUAUGUUCUUACUAUCCUCGGAGCUUUUUUAGCCGAUGCUUAUUUUGGCCGAUUCAAGACCAUCAUUGUCUUCUCUUGCAUCUACGCUGUGGGGAUGGUGUUAUUGACACUCUCAGCCUCCAUAGACAGCCUUCGUCCGCCACCAUGCACAGCGAAACCAUGCACAAAAGCAACCGAUGGCCAAAACACAUUCCUCUUCUUUGCACUUGCUCUCAUAGCCCUUGGUACCGGGGGUAUCAAGCCGUGUGUCUCAUCAUUUGGAGCCGACCAAUUCGACGAAGCAGACAAGAAAGAAGUGAGGAAGAAAUUUGCUUUCUUCAAUUGGUUCUUUUUUGCUAUAAACAUGGGAGCACUCUUGGGUAUAACAAUAAUGGUGUACAUAAAGGAGAAGAAGGGAUGGGGCUGGGGCUUUGGGGUGCCUACAGGGGCCAUGAUGGUUUCUAUCAUUAUUUUAGCAGCUGGUAUACGUCACUAUCGUUUCCAAAAGCCUAUGGGGAGCGCUUUCACCAGGUUUCUUCAAGUCAUGGUGGCUUCUACGAGGAAUCAUUUGAGAGGAGUUAAGUUGGGAGCUGAAGUCCAGCUUUAUGAAGUCAAUGGUGAGGAGUCUGAUAUCAGAGGUGCUCGAAAGCUUCCACACACCAGACAAUUUACGUUCUUGGACAAGGCUGCUGUUGUUACAGACCCAGAAGCCAACACAGGAAAUCGAUGGAAACUGUGCACAGUAACACAAGUUGAAGAAUUCAAGUCCCUAAUUAGAAUCCUCCCAAUAUGGGCAUCCACAAUUGCUCUAUCCAUUUCCUUUACCCAACUCGCAACCUUCUUCACCAGCCAAGCCAACAUCAUGGACAGAAAACUCUCCUCCAACUUCACUAUCCCAGCAGGUUCUGUGACCGUCUUCAGUGCCAUCAAUGCCCUGAUUCUCGUACCCAUCUAUGAAAAACUGAUCGUUCCAAUCAUAAGUAAAUACACAGGCCACCAACGAGGCAUCACAUCAUUGCAACGCAUGGGUGUGGGUCUAUUUGUUUCAAUCUUUGCCUUGGCUUCUGCUGCUUUGGUGGAGAAAAAGAGACGUGACAGCUACAGCCCAUCAGAUAUGAGCGUGUUCUGGUUGUUUCCACAAUACUUUUUAAUAGGCACAGCAGAGGUUUUCACCUAUGUGGGGCAACUAGAAUUUUUCUACGAUGAAGCAACUGAUGGAACUAGAAGUAUCAGUAGCGCAUUGUUUCUUUCUGAGAUUGGAAUUGGAAGUUGGUUAAGCACAGCAAUAGUUAAGAUCAUUGAAAGAACAACUGGUGGAGAAGAAAAAGGAUGGCUAAGGGAUAAUCUUAACAAAAGCAGACUUGAUUAUUUCUACUGGAUAUUAACAGCCAUUAACGGGUUUAAUUUCUUCAUCUAUUUGUGGGUUGCUUGGCGUUACAAGGGGAGGAGCAGAGCAACUAGGAGUGUGAUUGAUGAGUCCUUAUUUAAGGCCAUUGGUGAUGGUGGAGCAGAGAAAAGGGAGGAUAAUAAAGGGGAAAUUCAAAGCAUAGCCUUCUAACUAAAUUGAAUUUCCUUUUACCUAAAUAUUCAAUUUAUCCUGUCCAAAGUAAAAGUUCGUUUAAUGGUGUUAUAUACAUGUAGCUUCUUCUUCCCUUUUUUUUUUUUUUUUUUUUUUUUUUUCUAAUGUUGUUUUUACUUGGGAAAAUUUGAAAUUUGUACAACUAGAGGGUCGUGUGGCAAAAUAAAUAAAUUUAAAAAAAAAAUAAAAAGAGUGAGAUUUCAUGUGUUAUUCUUUUAUGGGCUUCCGCAUUACCAACUCCUGUUUUUUUGGGCUCACAUUUUCGUUAUUCCGAUCCAUUAUAUGGGCCUGGGCUCAAUUGAACGUAGAUUGAUAUUAAUUAGAGCUAUCUAAUAAGUUUAACUAAAUUCCAACAGCUUUUUAAGCCCGUUGCAGCUCGUGUUGACCUUCUGUUAAAUUUUAGUGAAACAGGAGUUGAAGAGUUCCAAAUCUGUGUUCGUCAACGGUGGUCGGAAAAAAUAGGUUUAGGUUGCAAUCUGCAGGCCGCUUGGCUUUUUGAUGCAAUAUGUCGCUGUUCCUGUCAUGAGUCCAACCUUAUUCAAAAUUCAUGAUGGUUGUUAGACUUUUUUAACGUUGAAUUUGGGAUGAAGAUUAUCUCAUAGCAUCUGGAAGACUAAAAAUAAAACACGAAAGCGUUAAAAAGAAAGGUAAAGCAAGAUAAUAAAUUAAAGAUGGUCAUUCACAUUUACAUCAUUAAAUCACCACUGCUUUUGGAAAAGCUCUUUAUUAAUUAUAUGAUGAGAUAAUGGUGUGGAUCCUAUAAUAAAGAUAGUCUUACCUAGAAUUUUGUCUGUUUGCUCUUGCCUUUAUUAUUGCUAAUUACCUAAUAGAUAAUGGCCUUUGAGUGGAAUUUUUAUCAAGUUUCUCAAUUAACUUAUAUUUUUCUUUU